AUGGGUUUCCCUUGUACCUUUAAUGUUUCUAGUACUGGAAGAAGUGGUGGUAUAGUCUUGUCCUGGAAGAAGGAAAUCCAACUCAACAUUAUAUCCUCAAGCAUGAGGGCCAUCUAUGUUACAUCUAUAGACAUUAUUCAUUCCAAAACUUGUCACAUCCACUUCAUGUAUGGUGAACCUAAUAGUAGUUUGAGGCAUGCCUUUUGGGAACAACAAUGUCAAUUGUCCAAUGCCCCUUUAGAUGACCCAGUUUUCUUUGUAGACGAUUUUAAUGCUCUUUUAGGAACUGAUGAUAAGAAUGGUGGUCUGGGGGUUGAUGAUUCUGAUUUCUCAAAUCUUAGAAACUUUUGUUCUGUUUUUAAUUUACAUGAUCCUGGUUUUUCUGGUCCCAGAUUUACUUGGUCUAAUAUGCAACAGGGUCCUGACCUUAUUCUUGAAAGAUUGGAUAGAUGCCUUAUAAAUCAGUCUGCUGGGGAUUUAUGCCCUAAUGUUUGUGUAAAAAAUCUACCUAGAGACUCUUCCGAUCAGUGA